GGCCGUGGGCCCGCUGUCGCUCCUAACUCCUCAGUUCUCACGUGUUACCGUUCUCGGAAGAAACACUCGUGUGUAUGCUGAGAUGAUCCGACCCGGCUUCGAAGGUCAGCUCGUGUUGAUAUGAAACUCGUGCAGUCAUGCUGUUCAUUUCACCAUUAAUUCUACUUUUCGUCCAGAUCGUCGAUAAUGUGAACUGUGCGUACGUUAAACCAAAUUUGGGUUCAUCGAAUAGGGUUUGGAAUAUCGCCUUCGAUCCAGUUUUCGAGUCCAGCGAUGUUAGCGUGUCCGCCGCGCCUGGAGAAACUGCCCUGCUGCCCUGUAAAGUACGCAAUUUGGGCGACAAAGCUGUCUCGUGGAUGAGAAGGAGAGACUUGCACAUAAUCUCCUUUCAGUCGUACAUCUACACCGCUGAUUCCAGAUUCAAGGUUGCACACCGUUUGGACGAUCCCGACUCUUGGAACCUGCAAAUAAACAACAUCACUUUUAACGAUGAUGGAGUUUACGAUUGCCAAAUCAACACAGAGCCGAUCAUGAAACGACCAGUUCGGCUAUCCGUCACAGAAAGGCCUCAGAAGAUCGAACCGGAGAUAAGGGAAAUGAAAGACGAUUCUGGCGUUUAUGGAACUGAAGGGACGAUGAUUCUUGGACAGAAAGAACGUUUCAUCAAAGUUGGAAGCACACUAACGCUAACCUGCCAUUCGAGAUCAGUCGAGUUCUACCACAUGAAAGGGCAACGUCCGACCAGGCUUGUCGACUGGCUACAAGAUGACAAAAUCAUAAUUUUUGACCAAUCCAGAAGUGGCGUAAGUGUGGAUACAGAGAAAGACGGCCGGGACUUGAGCAGCCAGUUGACUCUCGCUUCAGUAAACCUGUCAGACAGCGGAAAAUACACUUGUAAACCUUACAACUCUGAAGCCUACUCCAUCAAACUCGUUGUCGUAGAAGGUGAAAGGACAGAAGCAAUGCAAAGCGACCAGGCUGGAGAUUCAACGGUCAACUCGCUCUCGCCCAUUGCACUGUUUGUAGCACUGAUUUUUACAUUAGUGAUCUAAUUAUUAUAACAAGGUCUUUUGUCCUAGUGAUGUGUAUAUAAGAAGAAUUCAACCUUAUGUUCUAUUUGUAUACUCAAUAUUUUGUAUAUAUGUAAAUAAAGGCUACAGAUUUAUUAUUUUA